AGUUCAGAAGAGUGACAAGGAAGCUGAAGUGGCAGCUGUUAACAUUACCCAAACCUUCCACUGCGCGGCGACAGUAGCCUACACAACAUCUCACUGCGACCUUCGACUCUACGGUAGGCAUGUUAUUUGUAGUCUCCAGAAACUACAGCUAACGUGCUAAAAUACAGCUAGCGAGAACCGAGGGCGCUGGCAGGAAACACACUCCAUGUUCUGACUCCUGGCCCUCUCAGGCCGCCAUUUUCACAAAGAAACGGCGAUGGAAACGUGCAGCAACGAAGUAUCGCCAGAAAUCACGCAAUGGUACACACUUCAAUACAUUUACUCAGCAGAAGUUUUCCAAAUCAUCUGAUCGAAGCUGCUAUUCACAACGGAAUACUGUACCUCAGUGAUGGAUAGAAAAAUUGUUUCAUGCGGUAGGACAUGGACAGCCCACGGAUUGCUGUGAUUGGUGCGGGCAUAAUAGGUCUCACCUCAGCAGUUGCACUUCAGGAACAGUUUCCUAGCCUGCCCAUCACCGUAAUUGCCGAGAAGUUCUCUCCAGAAACCACUGCCGAUGGAGCUGCAGGCUUGUGGGAGCCACACCUCACAGGGUCCACCGACGUUAAACUUGUCAGAAAAUGGUCUCAUGCAACAUACAACAUGUUUCAAGAGUUAUGGCAAAGCAAACAAGGCUCAAAAGUGGGACUAAAAUUUAUGCCAUUAACAUGUGUAAGUAACCAAGAGUUUAACGAAGAUGUAAAAAUAUUGCACCAAGGAAUACCUGAAUACAAAGUACUAAAUGGGAAUCAACUUGCAAAGUUAAGCAGAGAACACGGAAAUGAAUACAGGUCCGGUUUCGAGUUCAACACUUUUACGUGCGUGCCCCGUAAACUCAUGCAACACCUGCUGGCCAAGUUUGUGAGUAGAGGGGGUAGAGUUGAGCAGCGCAAAGUAGCUUCCCUCAGAGAGCUGGCACUGGAAGGGUACAGCGUGGUUGUCAACUGCCCUGGGCUACAAGCAGAGGAGCUGGUGGCUGAUAAGAACAUGUUCCCCAUCAGGGGACAGGUUGUCAUGGUGCAAGCACCAUGGCAGCAGGAAGUUUUAGUUCAGCAUUCAGACGAAUCUUCCUAUGUGGUGAUACCCAAUCAAGAUUCUGUAUUCCUGGGUGGGACAAGCCAGAAAAAUAAUCGCGAUAUCACAGUGAACCCUUCAGACAGCAGAAAAAUUCUUGAUGAAUGCUACAAGAUGAUACCACGUCUUAAGACUGCCAAAAUUUUGAAGGAGUGGGUUGGCUUGAGGCCAGGCCGCAUCAAUGUCCGCCUCGAGUUGGGAGAUUCAAUGACUAACAGUAACGGAUAUACAACAUUUGUCGUCCACAAUUAUGGUCAUGGUGGCAGUGGAGUGACUCUGUCCUGGGGCUGCGCUCUCGAAGUCGUCGCCCUACUGCGGGACGUAGAGCUCAUACGCUCUCAUUCCAAACUGUAAUAUUAACUUGCAGACACUGCAAAUAUGAGGAGAACCAAAGACAACUGGUCGGUCCACGUAAAAGAAAAUUUUCUCAUCUGAAGCAUUACUGCUCGACUUCAAAAUUACAAUUUAUAGCAUUCUGACAAUGUCUGACUGCAAUGAUAUGUGUGUGUCUACAGAUCUUUUGAAAAAUGCUUCACUAGAUGCUCAUUUUUGCAGCAAGUGCCAAAAAGGUGAAUUAAUUCAUAGAAACCUAACAGAUGAUUCUUUUUCACCAAAACAAACAUAUAAAAAUGCUAAUAACUGGAUAGUAACUUUUGAAAAGACAUUAUAAUUAUCUUCAAAACAAAAUUUGUUACUCACAAACCUGAACUAGCCAGCAUGUAUGCAUGUAACAUAUAUUUUUAUAGCAUCUCUCUCUUCUCUGUAUACCAGUAGGCAAGUUAAUUAGUGGUACACGCCAAACAAAUCAAAGUUCGUUGCAGUAGUAAUUUGGAUUCUCUAUGUACAAUUUCAGUUAUUAAAACUUAUAAAUGACUAAUCAUAUUUUGUUUUG